AUGGAACGGUUCAACUCGUCGAGUUUGCUCCUGGGCGAUCAGGGAAGAGCUGCCGGUGAUGAAUACGACGAUGGAGAUGGAGAUGGAGAUAGAGAUUUUGAGCGACAGAUUGAGACACGAUCGACUGGCCCCGUGGGCGUUCCCGAACGCGAGGCGGGUGAGGGCAGCCGAAAAUCGUCGGAGAUUGAACGAGCGAGUGCACAGCUGUCGAUUCACAUCAAUGGUGAGAGGCUCGAGGAUGAACCACCACAAGAGCGAACACACGAGCACGAAGAUGAACAGAACACCGACCUGCUCACGAGCGAUGAAGCGGUGCCGCUGGACGGCAGCAACACCGACAAGACCGUGGUCGAGACGCCGCUGCCGCUCGGCAAGAUGAUCCCCAUCAUGCUCCUGACGGCCAGCGAAAGCUUCAACUCGUCUGCCAUCUUCUCCUACGUGGGCUACCUCGUCCUCGACUUCAACCUCACCGACGACAAGAAGGAGCUCGGGAACUACGCGGGAGCCAUCUCGUCGUGCUUCUUUGUGGCCCAGUUCAUCAGCAGUUUCUUCUGGGGCAAGAUGUCCGACAAGUACGGACGGCGGCCUAUCCUCCUGUGCGGUGCCGUGGGCACCAUCAUCUCUGCCCUGCUGUUCGGCUUCAGCAUGAACUUCCCGUUCGCCGUCUUCUCGCGCGCAUUGUGCGGAUUGCUCAACGGUAACAUCGGUGUCGUCAAAACCUACCUGGGCGAGGUGACCGACUCCACAAACCAAACCAGAGCCUGGAGUUGGUUCUCCCUCGCCGCAGGAGCAGGCGCGGUUGUGGGAGCACUAGCCGGUGGUCUCCUCGCACAGCCCGCCACAAAAUAUCCGAAGCUGUUCUCGGCCGGGCACGGCCUCUUUAACGGGCUGUUCGAGGAGUUCCCCUACCUGCUGCCCAACGUGAUGGCGGUCCUGGUGUGCGGCACGGGCCUCGUACUGAGCUACUUCUACCUCACGGAGAACAAGAUCCCGCAGCGAGCGAUCGAGGUCGAGCGCGAGACCUACGGCCCGCUGGAGCUCGACGACGACGCCGACUUUGUCUCCAGCGUGGAGAUGAAGGUCGUGCACAGCCCCGAUUGGCGGAUGAAGAGCGAGAUCGCGAGUAAGGAGACCGAGGACUGGCAACACCAGCGACGAAGAGGCGACGACGACGAGGAGGAGCAGGACCAGAGGGAGCUCCACCACCCGCAGGCCGCGGACGACCAAGGCCGGACAGCCGCAGCGAAUCAUGCGGCGGCGGCGGAGAAGAGCCUGCGGCUCACCGGUGAACAGGAGUCCACCCUCACGGAGAAGGUGGACGGCGAGGGGGAGGGCCCGCUCUCGUCUCUGCGCAGCGUGCUCCGGCUGCACGCGCCCUGGAGCAGCAGUAGCUCGAGCAAGGCAAAGAAGGAGAAAUCGGUUCUGUUGGAGGGCCAGGUGAUUCUCUCGACGAGCCUCUACGGCCUCACCGGCAUGCUCUUCAUCUUCAUCGACGCCGUGUUCCCGCUGUGGACGAUGACCGAGCCCAAGGAAGGCGGCCUGGGCUUCACCACUGACGAAAUAGGCAUCACGAGCAGCGUCGGCUCACUGUCCAUUGUCGUCAUCCAACUGGGGCUCUACGGCCCUAUGGCCAAACGACUCGGGCUGAUCAACACGUUCAAGUGGGGCACCUUGGCCGCGGUACCUAUCUUCGUGGCCUUCCCCCUGGUCAACUAUUUCCACCCCGACGUGUCGGCGUGGUCGUCCAUGUUCCUGAUGUGGUCGUUCAUCAUUGGGAUCUACAUCGUGCGAACAUUCGUGGGACAACUUAUGUUCUGUGCAGUCAUGAACCUCAUCAACAACUCAGUCGACGUGUACAACAUGGGCGCCGCCAACGGUCUCGGGCAAAGCUUAGUUGCGCUGCUGCGAGCCAUUGGUCCCUACUUCUCUUCGGUGAUGUUUGCGUGGAGCAUGACGAGCGGGAUGGUGUUCCCCUUCAACUUCUACUUCGUCUUCGUCCUGAUGAGUGUAAUUACCGUCUUCAUCCUGGGCCUGUCCUUCCUCCUGCAACCGUCCCUCAACAUGCCCAAGCUCAUGCCCACCGCCGUCAUCCCACCGUCGUCGGCACCCUCGGGCGGGACCACGACCAAGCGCCUGCUCAUCAAGUGA